AUGGCUUCCGACUAUACAGGCGACUUUAUCGGUGACUACAUCCGUGCAUCCAGCAAAAGAGACGAUUCAAUGUCCAUCGACAGUCCUCCAGUGAAACCAUCUUUCUUUGGUGUUACAGGACAUAACGAAAUCUUUGAAGAAACAAAGAACUACCUCUCGAAACUCGACGCCUUUAGUAUUAACCCCGAAGACAAAUGCAUAUCUGACUCACAGUCAAAUUGCACCAUCAAGUUCAAAGAUCUUCCAACCAACAUACAACAGGCCAGUCUUGCAGUUCUCGGAUGCGUCUUUGGACCUUGUUACGAUCGUUUGGUUGCGCAUAAAGCUAAGUAUGAGAAUAGACUAUGGUCGAAUCUCACGGUGCCUGCGAUUGUUAGAUCACUGGAAACUACCUUUGGAUCGCAUCUGGAGCCUGAGAAGGUCAACCUUGAGCUCAUAGCGGAGCGUAUCUGUAAUAACACUAUACAACCCUUUCGAGAUACAGAGAGCAGUCAGGAAUGGACUGGUCAGCUUUGUGGUCAGAACUUGCGAUGGGAGUCGAUUGCCAUGUUAUGGAGUGUGUUGCGACGUAUACCCAAUUCGUUCGAGCCCAUGGAGCGUCACAAGUUUCAUGUUCUCGAGAGCGGUACAUCGAAUAAGGCAGCCUUGGCGUUCUUAAGGCAAGGCAUCUCACUUGCGCGUUAUUUUACUCUGGCCAAUGUCAUUAUUCUCGAUCUAUUGCAACAAAAGACUAUCGUGGAGUCCAUGAUUAUCGGGGACGCAAGUUUGGCCGUGUGGAACUCCCAUGGAGAAGCCGUAACGAUGAUGACUUACCUGGGCGUUCACGCACAAAAGAACACCAUACCAUAUACGCCUUCGCUGUCUUCAGAGCAUAAGAGGCGUAUCUUUGGAAGAAUAUACAAUCUUGAUAAAGCUAUUGUGGCGUUUACAGGCAGACCUCCGCUUCUCGAUCAUCGCUACUGCACGACACAAAUGCCGCUGGACUUUAGUGACGAGGACCUUUUAGCUGGUGGUGCGGCACUCGAGCGAGCAGCAGCUGAGCUGACACAAGGUGGUUGGAACACACAUGGGGGUGUUUAUCCAUCUGGCUUCUGUCGAUCUGCCUAUCAAUUAUCCGUGAUACUCAAUGAGAUUCUCGGUAUCGCUCUGGCUCCUGAUCCAAACGUAACUUUGGACACACUGAGGAAUCUCAAACAGCGCGCACUCAAUGUCAUCGCCCAAAUCCCGAAACAUCUAAUGUACGACCCCGACGAUCCGUACGAUCUACCUCUCCCUCAGGCUGAACCUGCUUCGCACGAGAAGGACCUUUCUGAUCCUCAAGUUGAGGCAAACGUUAUCCCUAUUAGGAUCUUUGGCCGUCUUACCCAUCUGCAGAACAUGUUUCUACUUGAGAGAUUGUUUCUGCAGUAUGAUGCCAUGGAUGAAGGCGAUGUGCUCCUGGUUUCGUUUGAAAUGGUCUCACUGACGCUGCUGUUCUGGACGCAUAAGGACAAGUUUCCGGAUACUCGGCGCGACUUUGAGUGGAUGUUGAUGGCUUUCGCGGUUCCUGGCGGCGGUAUCUUAUGUCAAGAGCUUCUUCAACCGACCUUCCAAGGACGACAUCCAAGGGAUAACCGAUUGAGCCGAUCAAGUAUUGUGCAGAAGUUGAGCUUGUUGGUCGGCUUCUUGGACUGGGUCCAUCCCUCAGCACCAAAUGGUGACCUCUGCGCGAGUUGUAAGACUGUCAUACAACGAGUCUUGGACUAUCAUCUCAAUGAUGCGGUAAACGAGCUGGGAUCUUUGGAGCACUUCAGUUCAGGUUUAUCGGGACGUUUGAACUUCAAGUUUGAAUUGAUGAAUACGUUUGAGUGGCUUAAUACACCAUAG